AUGCGUGCCUCAUUCGUUCUUAUGGCCUUCGCGGCCCUUGCCGUUGCUCAGGAGUCUAGUAGCGCUGUGGAGACUACUGCUACCGACAGCUCUGUUGAAACCAGUGCUACCCCCACCGACACUGUCAUCACUUCCAGCGAUGGCCCUAUUUCUACCGGCUCCCAGCCCGUUAUCCCGACCGGCACUCCCACUUCUGCUCCCGGCGGCUCUUCUUCUGGCAUCUCCAGCAGUGCCAGCCCAUCUUCCUCGAAGAGCUCGUCAGCCUCAGACUCCACAUCGAUUGCGACUGCGACCGAGACCGAGACUGCUUCGCCAUCGGGCUCUGGAUCGGAUAGUGAAGAGACCAACUCUGACAACGGUGCCUUCGCUCUUCCCACAUCCGGCCCUCUCCUCGGUGCCGGUCUUGCUGGCGCUGCUCUCGCAGCUUUCAUCUAA